AUGUUGUCCCAAAGACCGCUGACACCGCCAUACACGGCUCCGCGAGACCCGGAACCGACACAAUACAAUGUUCCGCGAGAAAAUGACACGCUUUUAGCAGAACUCUCAGGACGAUGCAACACAACCCUCCAAAACACAUUAUCGAAAUCAUCAUUCCAGCGUCUUGCAGACGAGGUCAUUUCGAAGAGUGUUGGCUCCGGCUCAGCCAAGGAUACCAGGGGCCUUGAACCUCGCAUACACUUUACCGUUUCUCAGGCGGCCCAGAAGCUCUCCCAGCAAGCCACCAGCACCGUCAACGGGAUAUAUUUCGAGCUUACAAAACUCCUCCCACCACGACUACAACCAUUUUUACUCAACUUUAUAGGGAAGGAGGCUAGUGAAGAAGACCGAUAUACUUUUAUAAUAAAUGUGCUCCCAUGGGUACUGAAGAAACUACGAAAGACUCCACCCCGGCCCGGUACGUAA